CUGCGUACCAGUCGUGUCGUAGUGCUUACGUAACAAUAUUAUUAUUAUUCUUACUUGCCUGGCCGAUGUGUUGUUCAUUUAAAUCGCGGUCCAUGUUUUUUCGUUUCUCUCGAUCGACUCGUCUUUCACUCGGUCUCUCGCGUUAAUCGUUCCACACGUCACACGUAAAAUCCGUCUCUACGUGCAUACACAGACAGACACGCACACAAGCAUACACGCAUAUAAACACCAAAUAUACACAAGUCCACGGUCGAAUAUAUACAACGGUCGCACGCGCCACGCUCCGACAAGAAAAAAAAAGAAAAGAAAAAACGCGCUUAACGUCUCCCGCGAAUCGCUGUUACCUGUCUACGCGCAAGUCGCGCGGAUACGUCCGGAUCGUCGGUCAAUCGUCGCCGUCGUCGUUCGCGUCCUCCUUGCCAUCGAUUAUCCGAUACGAUUAAUCGGUCAUCGACGAACCGUGACGCGUCAAGGAAGAGAGGAUCAGCAACUUACCCGCUGCAUCGGGCCUAUCCGCCAAUAGAUGAACAAGUGUCGUCAACGAGCCACCACUGUAGAGCACGUUCUCUGGGUUCGGCCUUCCUCCAUGGGCACGGUGUAUCGAUUGCUCUAAAAUAGACGCGUGGGAACACCUGCAGGCUACAUCACAUUCUACGUAUUGCUCAGACUGUCUCUCUCUCUCUGCCGCCUCCCCCCUCGCUCUCUUACUUUCUCUCUACAUUGGUCUUUCCUGUCGCCCUUGCAGCGUGUGACAGGUGCAUCGAGAACGAUAGCAGCACCGCGCUGUUGUAGGGCUGGAGGAGGUGGUGGCGGUGGAGGCGGAGGAGCAGGCGACGAAGAAGAAACGUAACAGGAAGCGGAAGAAGAAGUGAAUCUAACGAAGAGAAAGAGAAAGAGAAAGAGAAAGAGAGAGUGUGCGUGUGUGUGAGAGAGAGAGACAGACAGAGAGAGAAAGCAGGCAACGAAAGGAAGCGACAGAAGGGGAGAAAGAAGGAAAAGGUGGAGCAGGAGGAAGUGGGCGAAACGCCUGAAUUUCUCACGAGUAAAGGGUUAUCCCCACUGAUACGUCCUGGAGGCGCCUGUCGUCUUCGCCGGUACAACCAUAACGCCGCCCGCUUUAAAACGCCCGAGACGGGAUACGGUGGAUUCAUCGCCGCCACCCGCUCGAACCGCAGCACCCGGAAAUCCCGGACCAUCCAGCAAACUCGCUUGCAUCAUGGACGCGCCGCUCUCACAGAGUAUGGACUCCGUCAACACGGUGGCCACCGGCGAAGACGAGGUGCGCACCUUAUUCGUGAGCGGCCUACCGAUGGACGCCAAACCGAGGGAGCUAUAUCUGCUGUUCAGAGCAUACGAGGGGUACGAGGGUUCCCUGCUGAAAGUCACAAGUAAAAAUGGGAAAACAGCGUCGCCGGUGGGAUUCGUGACUUUCCACACGAGGGCCGGUGCGGAGGCGGCGAAGCAGGACCUGCAGCAGGGGGUUAGAUUCGAUCCUGAUAUGCCACAAACCAUACGUUUGGAAUUUGCAAAAAGUAACACAAAGGUUAGCAAACCCAAGCAACCAGCCGCUGCAGCAGCCACCUCGCACCCUGCUCUGAUGCACCCUCUAACUGGACACCUAGGGAACCCGUUCUUCCCUGGUGGUCCUGAAUUGUGGCACCAUCCACUGGCGUACUCUACCGCUGGCGAAUUACCCGGCACGCUCCAACAUGCGACGCUGGUCCAUCAGGCGUUACAUCCUCAGGUCCCCGCGCCCAUGUCUCUGCCGCAUCCUACGGCGCUGACGUCGAUACACGCCUCGCUGCCCCAUUUCUUACCCUCGCCGGCACUGGCAUCGCCGGUGGGUUCACCCUCGUCCCAGCCGAACAUAGCCGUCAGCAAUGCACCGUGUUCUACCCUCUUUGUGGCGAACCUUGGCCAAUUCGUUUCUGAGCACGAGCUCAAGGACAUCUUCAGCAGGGAUCAAAGAGAGAAGAAAACCGGCAACCUUAAGAUCGACAUCAACGGCAUGUAAGAGAACCGAGGGAAGAUCGAACGUGCUUGUACCCUGCUGAGAGAGGGGGGAGGAACCGAGGGAGGGGGAGGGGAGGGUGACGAAAACGAGAAUUCGAAUACCAGCGACGACAACCGACAAUUUCUGGAGCAGUCUGGCCACUUUCUCCGGGGAAAUCGUUGGGCGGAUGGCUCGGAGGGUCCAAGAGGAAGGCAAGAGUGUACAGAGGCGAGGGGAGGGGGGCUGGGGUAGAAGCACGUACAGACACACGCGAUACACGUACACAGAGGGGAUAUUAAAAAAAGAGAGAGAAAAAAAAAAUAAACGAGAAACGUCACGAAUUACAUGGGUGGCGAGGGGCGCGUGUCCGGCCUUGCCCCGGAAGACGAGCACCGUUUAGGGCAAAUUCUGUAAAUUCAACGGCGCGACGGCUGUUUUUAGUAUUCGCGACUCGCGGGGGGCCCAAUAAUCGCGUAUAAUGAUAAUUCCUAGGUAUAUAUAUUUUUUAACGAACUUAACUUAUCGAUUCGUAGCCGUCUAUUUACCAUUGUCUAUUUAUUUUCCACCGAGUCUGGAUUUUGCGAUCGACGACGACGAUCAACCGAGAAACGGGGGCGCGGCGAGCGACGCAACAGGAGGAAGGGGGGAGUGUGGCGAGAGUCGGCGUCGGCGUCGGCGUCGAGAUGCAUCGCGAACGUUCCCCGAUUCGCGAGCGACGCGAUUUCGACACUAACCGCGACACGAUUUCGUUUCGUACCGCGUUUAUUAUACACAUGUAAAGCAGUAAGGCACUCUUCAAGUCACACGCGCACGUCUAUAUGUAACACUUGUUCACACACGUAACCACACUCCACAGUCGCGGAACAUUCUUCUAGGAACGUCGAGCCCCGCGCCGUUCUCGAACGAAUCCGUCGCCCGGGUUUUUAAUAAGAAACGGAGACGAGGAUGCAUAUCGUGGUCGGGAUCGAGGCGGUUCAGGUUUCGUACUGCUUCGAACAAUCGAGACUGGAAACGCGCGACCGAACCCUGAAA